AGAAACGAAAGUAGGCCGAAAACAAAAUGUCAGAAACUCCGCCAGUCGCGAGACCGUGUGAAUUUUUAUAUGGAAUCUCUCUGGACUCUGCGGUUGGUUGUUCGUUUGAAGAAAAUAAAUACAAUUUGCAACAUUUACGUGCUCAUGGCUACCGAAAAUGGCCUUCGAGUUAGGAGAAAGUGAUUUUGUUCGAUUAGUUUUCCAAAUUGUGUAUGAAAUUGUCCGAUGAAAUCACAAGGUCGCUCUUAAAACAUGGGAAACGAAGCAGAACCAGGAAGCAGUCCAGACGCUGCCUCAGACAUUGAGAAUAUUAUGAGUAUGAGAAACUUAUCGUUAUACAAUGAAAACCAGUUUAGCAAGAAGACCAGCUGCACCAAACAACCGAGGCCAAUGGUUUACGCAACAGAGCUAACCGAUUGCUUGGGGCUAGAUUGCGAGUUUGUCGGCACGGGAAAAACCGGCAAAGAGCACAUGCUGGCCAGGGUGUCGAUAGUGAACGACCGGGGAGAAGUGGUACUGGAUAGCUACGUCAAACCACAGAAGGCCGUGACCGACUUCCGGACAGAGAUUAGCGGUAUCCGGCCAGAACUGAUGGACUCCGGUCAAGAUUUUGCCUCGGUUCGUGAAACUGUUAGGGUUCUGAUUCAGGGACGCAUACUUGUUGGCCACGCGCUUAAAAACGACAUGCUGGUGCUAAAUUUACGACAUCCGCGACGUAUGACCAGAGACACAUCUCGCUACAAACCUAUUGCUCGGAGGAUACGAGCCCUCGGUACUCCAAGUUUGAAGAGCUUGGCCAAGUUGAUAUUGGGAGAGGAAAUUCAAAACGGUGUACACGACUCGGUUCAAGAUGCCACUGCCACGAUGAAGAUCUAUCUGAUUUUCCGAGAUGAAUGGGAGAAAUCCAUGAAGAAGACUAAGCGCAUUCGUAGAUGACAAAAGAAGAGAGGAAGAAAGACGUAAACGAGAAGUGCUAUUUUGUUUAGAAGAUUGGCGGGAUAGAUAGAUUUCGAAUGUAAACUUAUCGAUUGUAUAAUAGGAAUAUUUUAAAGCUGAAUUGGAAUAUAAUUUAUGUACAAUGACUUA